GCUCGCGCUACUUAGCGUCGGGGGUGCACGCCACCUCCGCCAAUCCACCGGCAACCUCCGCGCGGUUCACACUCGUGUGCUCUCAAUAUAAUCCCGUCAAGUUUACGUCCGCGAUGCCGAUGACGGCCAUUCACGGUUAUCAAAAUCUCGGUGUAGAUCAGAAGCUGGUGCAUCUGCAAUCUGCUGCACCUAGAAGACUCGCACCCGCACCUGUUGAUGCAUCUCGGUGUAAGAAGAAAUCAUAUCUCCAUCAGCCAUAUCCAUCACAACCGGCCUCAGUAGCUAGAAGAAAUGCCAGGGAACGGAAUAGAGUAAAACAAGUCAAUAAUGGAUUUGCAGCACUCCGUCAACACAUACCAUCAGCUGUUACAGCGGCACUUGCUGGGGGUAGAGGGUCAUCAAGAAAAUUAAGUAAAGUGGAUACAUUGAGAUUGGCUGUGGAAUACAUUAAAAGCUUGAAACGUUUGCUAGAAGAAAACGAAGAAGGAUGCUCGGAUUCUCAAAUAGGAUUGGGUUUAACAACAAAUGGACCACAAACGCCUCCAUCGUCAGAAGAAUCUCAUUCACCGGCACCUUCUUUAAUAUCAGAGAGCUCGGCAGGUCCAAGUGGUCAUGAUGCAUAUGAUUCAUAUGAACCUAUGAGUCCAGAAGACGAAGAACUCCUUGACGUCAUAACAUGGUGGCAACAGCAGUGAUUCAAAAGGAACCGUGCAUUACGGUGAUCAAAGUGCGGCCAAUGGACGGCUUGUGAAAAAAGCAAGUAUUCCUCCAGAGGAGUCCGGGCGAUGGAGCGCGAGGGACUCCGAGAGAACCUCUAAUUAAGCGUAAUCAGUUUAUUCCUAAUGAGAGGGGAUAAUGGUGGACUAUAACGACCUCAUCGAUGCAUUCCGCCGACAGAGCACCCAACGAAUACCCUUUACUGCAUUUCAUACAUCGAUGGGAUAGUACGACAAAGACUGAAUCGAUUAUUUGUUCCAUUUAUGCAUUUAGUAUUAUGAUAAGUGAUUCACAUCGCUGUGCCUUAUUAUAAGCCUCACCUACGUAAAUACGAUAGCUUCCAGUUAAAGUAUUAAGUAUUAAUAUAGUUUAUAACUGUUAUCUAGUCAUUAGUGAUAUGUUUAUGUUUAAAAUUGUAAUAUUAAAGUAGAUUGUGACUUUUGUUUAGUAUAAGUGGUUACCUUAUGGUAUGACAUUAUCUUAUGAAAGUUCACGAUUUUAUAACUAUAGUUUGGAAAUCUUCAGACAAAGACUUCUAGUGUACAUAGAUAAAUUAUAGUAGCACCCUAAGACAGAUUCCUAAUAUUUUAAGAUUUUUUUUUAUAUUAAAAGAACUGUUUAUAGUCAAAUUAAAAGAAACUACCCAGCUUCAAACAUUCGGUUGUUUCAUGAAAUAAAUAAAAUAUUUCGACGUA